CCAAGGCGUCUACAUGAGCCCCUGACCACCUACAGCCACUCCAUCCUCACACUAUACAAUUCGGGCACAAACUGGUUUUAUUAAGAGACUUUAGACCGGCAAAGACCUUGUGAACAGGAGGGAUUCAGACAAGCUUCGAUAGUCCUUUUCUCAAGGGAUGCGUCUUUAAAUGCUAAGCAAAAGCCCACCUAGGUAUCGGGUAGGGGUCAAGACGGAGUUGCGGGACGCCGGGAGCUUGGAAGUCUGAAAGGGGUUCGAAGGUCUGCGUCUGGAGCCGCACAGAAACUCCUGGCUAAGAGCCGAUUGUGGGGGUCUCUCAGGUUGAAAGACUGGUGGAAACCACGCACGCGUGAGUCAGCGCUGCCCCGGGGGCCCUCCGCCCCUUGGAGGUGGGUCGUACGCCGGGAGCGGAGUAGAGUAGGCCGGGAGAAACUGGGCCAGGCUGAAUUUUUAGCUCGAGGGGCCUCAAUGGGCCUCGAGAACUCUUCGCGUCUCUGGAGACAAGGGCACUACACGCACUUCAUAAUGAAGAGUUGCGGGAGCAUGUUGGGGCUCUGGGGGCUGCGGCUUCCCCCGACGGGGAUCCUGCUCCUGUUGCCGUUCCUGCCGCUGCUGCUGCCCGCAGCCCCCGCGCCCCAUCGCGCUCCCUACAAGCCGGUCAUCGUGGUGCACGGGCUCUUUGACAGCUCGUACAGCUUCCGCCACCUGCUGGAAUACAUCAACGAGACACACCCCGGGACUGUGGUGACAGUGCUCGAUCUCUUCGAUGGGAGAGAGAGCUUGCGACCCUUGUGGGAACAGGUGCAAGGGUUCGGAGAGGCUGUGGCCCCCAUCAUGGCAAAGGCCCCUCAAGGGGUGCAUCUCAUCUGCUACUCGCAGGGGGGCCUAGUGUGCCGGGCACUGCUCUCUGUCAUGGAUGAGCACAAUGUGGAUUCUUUCAUCUCUCUCUCCUCUCCGCAAAUGGGACAGUAUGGAGAUACAGACUAUUUGAAGUGGCUCUUCCCUACCUCCAUGAGGUCUAACCUCUAUCGGAUCUGCUAUAGCCCCUGGGGCCAGGAAUUCUCCAUCUGCAACUACUGGCAUGACCCCCACCACGAUGACUUGUAUCUCAAUGCCAGCAGCUUCCUGGCCCUGAUCAAUGGGGAAAGAGAUCAUCCCAAUGCCACUGCAUGGAAGAAGAACUUUCUUCGUGUGGGCCGCCUGGUGCUAAUUGGGGGCCCUGAUGAUGGUGUUAUUACCCCCUGGCAGUCCAGCUUCUUUGGUUUCUACGAUGCAAAUGAGACGGUCUUGGAGAUGGAGGAGCAACCGGUUUAUCUGCGGGAUUCUUUUGGGUUGAAGACUCUAUUGGCUCGGGGAGCCAUAGUGAGGUGUCCGAUGGCUGGGAUCUCCCACACGGCCUGGCACUCCAACCGUACCCUUUAUGAGACCUGCAUUGAACCUUGGCUCUCCUGAGGAUUUCCUCAGGGAUCCCCCAGGAACUCCCCAGCCCAGAGACCAAGCGGUGGCCUUGGAAAGCAGAUGUCAGGCUCCGGUGUGCCUGCAACCACCCUAUUGCUCCCACACUGCCCCCACCAACCAGGGCUCCCACGACCCCCUUCCUCUGCUCCUCUGUAAACGACAAAUCCUGGUCUCCACCACCUCAUGUUUGCUCCGUGCCGUCUCUCUCCCAAGGCCGACGUUGGGAAGAGAAACCAGGUUUUUAACUUGUGGCUGCUCCUGCUGCUGCUGCUGCUCUGUCUCUGGCUGUAUAGGAGAACCCACCCCUGCCCACUACAGGGAUCUCCUUCUAGGCCACUCAGGACAUUUUUAGCUUCUGUUCUCCCCAUGUUCCCUUUGUCUCAGCCCUCCCAACUCCCAGGAAGGACUACCCAUGAGAGUGGGGUUCUGAGGCUCCCCUAUGGGGACAGUUCCGUUCUUGAAGUGUCAGUGUUGGGGAAUAUCAAUGGCCUGUGAGGCCCAUCUCAGGUUUGGGGAUCCCCCAGUCCCUAUGUUCAGUGUUGGGGUACCCCCUGGGAGCCUAGUUUCUUUGAGGCUCCAGCCCCUCUUUUAGCUACCAUUGAAUGGGUGUUAACCCUGUAUUUAUGGAAAUAAAAUUCCAUUUCCUCA